CAAACGAUUAUUCCGCCAUGUUGUUUACAUGAGUUGAAAUGAAAUGUAACAGGAAAUCAUUAUUUUCACUGUUUAACGGAAACACGAAAUUUAGCUGGGUAGUUAAGCAGGACAGAUCUUUGCCUGAUUGUCCAUUGAUCAUAGUUAGAAUAAGAUACAAGACUGACGACAAAAUUUGAUUCAAGCAGAACUUUUCCUGACUAUGGACUUUGAUCCGAAAAUAGGAGCCGUCUUCUCGCUGGCUGAUAAAGAAGAGAGUGGGGACAGAGGAGAGCAAGCCAUGGCAAGCGGAAACGGCGAUACAAACGAUUUCCUUGAGGAGAGUUCCGAGUACCUGCUGCCGGAUUGCGACGACAACAAUGACGUUGACAUAAUGUCCGGCUUACACCAGAUCCAGUCUUGUUCGACUAGUACUUCGCUACCUCUAACUGAUCACAUGAGUUAUACGGCUGACAAUGAGAGUCACAAAGCAAACAUAUCCCCAAAUAAAUCGACGUCUGUCGUAGAAGAUCUUGAUGCUCCGCCAUCUUUAUUACUUGAGACACCAGCCUCUCCCGAGUUACCAACAUCUUCUCUAAUAUCAAGUCUAGAGAGUAUGUCGCCACCAAUUUUACAGCCCGAAGAGCCAUUGAAAAGAGCCGUGUCUCCAGAGAAGAAGAAGAGAUGCACAAAAAUAGCUCCUUGCUACAUAGUAUUGACAAGCAUUGACCAAUGCAUGCAAUCGAAGUCUUCCGUAUCUAGUCGGACAUUCAAACGUUCAUUUGCUGAAUGUUCAAAUAUGUGCAAGAAAGUCUUAUUUAAGCGCCGUCUCAAAGCUGGUAAGGAUGUAUUCAACGUCAAAACACCAAGCAAACAGAAAGACUACUUGAUAUAUUUAUUACAAGUUGAGAAAGAACGAUUAAAAAGAAAUAAGAAGAGCCCCAUUCAGUGCCCACAGAUACGAGAUAUUUUAGAGAAACAUGAUUUAAAAGUAGAAGCACGUAAAAAGGCAUUCGGAAAACCAGCACAUCCAAGGGUACGUAGAACAAUAUCACGUCUGCCAAAAGAUUUUGCAAAUCGGCCAAAUAGUCCUGUUACGCCUAUGGCUUGUGAAAUGGAUGAAAAUAAACAGGAUUUAAGUGCAGAAGCGUUGGCAAAGCUUCAAGAUCAGUUUGUAAAGAGAAAAUAUAAGAUAGAACUUAAUUCACUGAAAAGGUUAAUUGGAAUAAAACGUUCACUGAAUCAGAAUCUGAAAAGAGCUAAGAGGAACAGAUCUGAGGCAUAUGAAACAUUCCUGAAAUCUGACGUGACUUCAAGUGUAAGUGGUCGUGUAAGAAAGGUGAAUCCAAAAUAUGGAGGCGAUUUCGCUGUUAGUAAGAAAGAAAUUGAGGAACAGCGGUUAGUUGACGUCGCACAGGCCCAGUUAAAACGCGCUGAAUCAGCAAAUAAAAGAAAAGUCGAAGAGAUGAAUAAAAACAGCGAGUUUUAUUUACAGAUGAAAAGGAAGCUUAUUUCAGACAUUACAGGAGCUGACAGUCCAGCAACGGCAAAGAAGGUUAAAGCUGCUGACGUUGUCAUUGAUAACCCUGAGGAAGAUAAUGUCAGGAGUUUCCAAGUGAAGCAGAAAAAAUCAAAAAGAGAACCGAGCAGGACAAAACCCAAGCCUAACCCACUGAAGGUAUUGUUGAAUGCACCACCAAUCGUAAAAGGUAAUGAGUUAAUCACCAGUGAAAAAACAAAAAAGUCAAAGCAGAGAAAAAGUCAGACUGAAUACAGAGACGGUGUUCUUAUUCAAGAUAUGCCAAGAGAAGAAAAUGUGAUCAGUGGGUUUUUGCAGCAUAUUUCAUCUGAUGAAAGAAGCGCAGUUUCGCCAUCUCUUGAAACUGAAAGUCAACAAAGUGACCAAUACGUUCGUGCUAAACAGCUGCUUAAAAGCAGUUUAGAUAAACGGAUCAGUAAGACUCGCCAACUUAAAAUUAGACAAAUUCCCUCUCUUCCUUGUCCAAAGCGAGAAGUCCCAGAUUCAAAUUUUUCUACUACUCAACAAGCAAAUGAUCAGGAAAAGUACAAGAUGCUUAAAAUUCCAGAAAAUGUCCAAAAACUCUUUUCAAAUAAAGAAAUAAAACAGGAGCCGGUUGAUGAUGGAUACGAAAGCACUUCUACUGGUUCGUCGGCUAGUAACAGUUCAAAAGUAAUAACAGUAGCGUAUAGUAACGGCGUCUAUAAAAAGGUCUUAGUCAAUCUUUCAUCUUCAGGACAAACUCAACCAACCCUAGGGUCCCAGACAGUAAAGGCUGGUAUGACAAGUGGUCCGAUUUUGGUUAACACACAGCAGGGGCUGCGGUAUCUUGUUCCAAAAUCGGUGCUUACAAAAUCAACUUUGCCAAGUUACUCUGAUGCGAUCAAAGCUAAAUUUCUUCCAGUCAAGUCCGACACGGCGAUGGCCUCACAGGCUAGUGUUACUUUAAACACCAUACCCAGUGCACAGAUUAUUUCCACUGCUGUACAGCUGGGAAAUCCAGUACAGACUGUUCCAUUAAGUUCACAACCUAAUACAGAACCAAGGGUUAUAAGUGUUUUACCUACAGUGCUACAGGUUCCUUUGCAGAAUGCUAUGAACACUUCUGCUGCAAACUCUCUUUUAAGGCCUACUUUAGCCACCCCAACAGUCAUUGUAAGUCAGUCGUAUGUCAAUAAAUCCUUCCAGCAGACUGUUGGUAGCAUUAACUCACCGAUGAAUACAGCAGUGAAACAAACUCAUACAGUUGUUCACAAGGUGUCGCCAGUAAUGCAAAGACAAAAUGCACUCAAUCAGUCAGAACAAGCUAAAAAGACGGCUAUUCAUCAGCAGUCAAUACCAGUGUCAAACACUAGUGGACCUGAAACUCAGAUACCAGCUGUAGCUCAGAACCAAAAAAACAUCGAUAAAUGCAAAUUUUAUUUGCUGAAAAUUGACGGUAAGAAUGUUCUUAUCCCAAUAGAAGGAGAUCAGGCACAGCCUAAAGCUUAUGUAGUGAAUAGUGACGUUAUAACUGCGAAUACACCGGCACAAUCUCUGACUACUUCUGGUAAUAUUGCAUCGCCAACUGGAAUCCGACCGACAUUAAUUGGGGUUCCAACAGCUAAUGGGAAUACACAUCCAAAACCAACAAUGGCUGUAGUUCCAAACAUAAAACACGUUAAUACCAUUCAUCCUUCACAGUUUACAUUUGUUCCAAAUACAACAAAUUCCCAUCAAAACAAAAAUGUGUUACAAACAGUUACGUUGACAAAUAUAGCUACUGCUGUUUGCGGUCCUGGAAGUACGACCAAGAUAAGUGGAGUAAAUAACGUUAAUGCAUCAAGUUGUGUUACGACCUCUGUGAAAACCAAUCAAGCAUAUACCAGUGUUGUCAAAUCUGGAAGUUACAAGUUGACAACGCAGCCAGUUAGCACUCAGUCGGACUUGCUGCACAGAAAUACACAACCAAACAAUUCAGUUACAGUUGUCCCAGUCUUUCUUAAAACAGCAGAAAAUUCAACUGUUGCGAGCAGUUUUCAGUCUACAAUCAGUGCUGGUCAUACAACAAGUGCAUUUUCUGCUGUCAAAGGUCCGUUAUAUGUUCGACCACUUGCUGGUGAAGACAAAACUGUUCUCGACCCUAAAAAUCAGUCAGGCGGAAUACUGAAUGAUAUUUUAACGCAAAAAAGACCACUAUAUGAAAAGCUACCUCUACCGCAGUUGUCUGCACGCAAAACGGAUACCACGCAGCAAAAGGGCAACGGUAAUGAACACGUUAAUAUAUCAGUUGAACAUGGAAAAGGAGGACUGUGUGAAAAGUCGGGUAUUUUCACACCAGAAGAAGCCGAAGAGGAGAAAGUGGAGGAAAAGCCUCAAGCUUUCAAAGAAGCUGUCACUGCUAGAGAAGAAAGACUAAGGCGUCUUAAAGAACUGCUGAAAGAGAAACAGAAGGCAGUUGAAGAAAUUAGAGGCAGUAAGCCAAAAUAGUAUGACUGUAAAGAUAGUAGUGUUGUUUGGUCUUUGUGCGAUUGCUAGAAGACAUCGCGCUUUUGGUUUAUAUGUACAUUUUUGUAGCUGUUAAAAGGGGUUUUCGUCUUUAGAGGUUAACUUACACACGAACGUAAAGUUUGAGUCAUCUAUGUUGUAAAAUUAGUUUCUUUCAUUUAGUCAUAAUAAUUAAGCAUAAAUAAGCACAUUUAUUUAAAUGCAAAAAAAACACAACAUCUUGACCAUGUUUCGUUAUUUGCAUGGUCCAAAGUUAUACACUGAGAUUUGCAUAUGAAAAGUAAAUUUUGGCCAUAACUUGGCAUAAGAUGAAGUCAGUUAAAGAUAUUUUAAGCUUCUGUCUGCUUUGUACGCUUAUAGAAUGACCAAAUAUCUGUUUAAGACUUGAUGAAUCUAACGGUUGAUGAAAUUAUAUGACUGUAAAAGUUUUUAAAUUUCAAACAACAGAAAAGAUUACUUCAUACGCUGAAUAUGUCUAAAAAUAUCAUGUGUAUUGUGUUACUUUCUAUAUAUUUACCUGGGACAAAUAUCAGAUUGUGUUCAUUUCGUUUUUUAGUGUUAUGUUAUUGACUCAGUUAAUUUUUGCACCUGUGCCAGAUACUUUAAUCAGUUUUGCCAAGUUCAUAUGCUUAUCUUACAAAAUAAAGAAUGCUUUCAAACUCCA